UAGGGGGUCAGUUAGGAAAGAGCAGAGGGGGGGCAGAACCUCCCUAUGAGUGGGGAAAAAGGGUCCCCAAGGUUCCUACCUGCUCCCAGCCUGUUCGAGCCCCUCUGGGUCUUAGCCCCUGCUCCCCAGCAGCUGCUCCAACUUCUCCGGGUCCCCCUGUUGCCUCUGCGCCCCUCCCCCCAGCUGUGCCCAAGUUGACAGGGGAGCUGAGCCCCCAGGACAUUUCCAGUGCUGGUGUGCUCACCCUCUGCCCCAACUGCUUCCACCGCCCCUGGGCUUCAGCAGCAGCAGCCCUGCCUGGCUGGGAGAGUCCUAUUUCCUGUUGAGGUCAGGCGUUGACACCAGUGGGCUCUCCUGGUGCUGCGCAAAUGGGGUUAGCCUGGGGGAGAACUGCCAGACUGGAUCAGACCCAUGGGCCAGCCGGUCCAGUCUCCCAGCUCUGACCAGGGCCAGCAUCAGACAUUUCAAGGGAAGGUGCAAAAAAACUCCGCUGGAGGCCGAUGUGCGAUAAUCUGCCCCACCCUGACAAUCUCCUCAUCCCUAAUACAGAGCAGGUUGAGCCCUGACGCCUGAGCGUUUCUCUCCCUUCCGCUUCUGUGAGCAUUAACUAGAGCCACUGGUUACGCACAGAGAAGGCCAAGCCCUCCUUGAACCUUGCUCAAUUCUUGGCUGCAAAACGGUGACGCCCCCCUGGGGCGCGGGGCACACGCCGGCAGCAUGUUGCAAUAGCCCCGCACUGCUGGCAGGGAGGAAGCUGCAGGCUGAGUCAUUUCCAAGCGGCAAAGGUUGGGUGUUUUGUCCUCACGCGGAGAUGCUGCUGGCUGACGCCUCCGUUAGGUGGAGCAGAGUUACGAUGUGAUCGGCGAGAGCCGGCCGUGCGCUCGGCCCUGAAGAAAGCCAAGGUGCCAAUGCAGUCCCUGGCCUGGGGAACCUAGCGUGCUAGCUGACAGUGCGGGCGGCACCCAACGCUGUACAGACACACAGGGCUCGGGAAGCAGCCGGAAAGCCAGAUCUUCAGCCUGAGAGAGAUGCAGCUGCCAGUGCUGGUGGGGUCCCUUGUGGUCCUGCUGGGUGUGUCCGGGGCAUGGGACCCUGCCCUGGAGGAAGGCUGGCGAGGAUGGAAGACCUUCCACGCUAAGGAGUAUCCCGAAGAGGCGGAAGCUUUCCGCAGGACGGUCUGGGAGAAGAACCUGCGGCGGAUCGAGCGCCACAACCUGGAGGAGUCUCUGGGGAAGCACAGCUACCGCCUGGAAAUGAACCACUUCGGGGACCUGACGGACGAAGAGUUUAACCAGCUUCUGAACGGUUUCCUAGCCGAGCGGCACGGCGGGAAGGUGCCUCUCUUCCAGGAAUCGGCUGCUCGGGAGACUCCCAAGGAGGUGGACUGGCGUGCAAAGGGUUACGUCACCCCCGUGAAAAACCAGGGCCACUGCGGGUCCUGCUGGGCUUUCAGUGCCACGGGAGCCCUGGAGGGCUUGGUCUUCAAGAAGACGGGCAAACUGGUGUCACUGAGUGAGCAGAACCUCAUGGACUGUUCGAGGAGGCUGGGGAACAACGGGUGCCAUGGGGGCUUCAUCACUCGGGCCUUCCAGUACGUGCGGGACAACAAGGGCAUCAACUCGGAGCUCAACUACCCCUACUUGGAGAGGGACGAAUUCAGCUGCCAUUACAACCCCCAGGACAACGCUGCCAACUGCACCUCUCUCAUGCAGAUCCAGCCAGGCAACGAGACCGCUCUGGAGCAGGCGGUGGCCACUGUCGGCCCGGUCUCCAUUGCCGUGGAUGCCAGCACCUUCCACUUCCACUUCUACAAGUCAGGAGUCUUCACCGACAGCCAGUGCAGCCAAACAGUGAACCACGCGAUGCUGGCCGUGGGCUACGGCACAUCCCAGGAGAACGGGAAGAGCGCCCCCUAUUGGCUCCUAAAGAACAGCUGGUCUGAGCUAUGGGGCGAAAAAGGUUACAUCCGGCUGGCGAAAGGAGCCAACAAUCACUGUGGUGUGGCCAAUCAAGCCAGCUAUCCCGUCUUGUAGCCGGUGCUGGGUUUUCCUCCUGCCCUGGGCCUGCAUGGCAGAAGGCCUCAGAUACCUCGUGGGUUUUUUUUCUUCCCACAGUCUAAAUGACUUGAUCAUAGUCUUCAGCAUGGAGAUUCUUUUUGCUCCUGGCAGUGAUUUCUGGGCUGAUUCUUAGCUGCGAUUUACAUGGGUUUAGAAGCGAUUAAAAGUUGUGCAGCAAAUUGCUCUUGCAAGCCUGGGUAAGUCCUGUUCUGGUCACGCCGCAGCAUCGCUGAACGAGGCUUAGUGUUCUGUCCAACGUAUUCAUAAAAUAAAGAAUGUUUUCCUCUCAGUGUGAAAA